AUGCUGCUUAUCUUAUUAUCUCGGCCAGGUCAAAACACAGAGAAGCUUCUACUUUCAACUUUGAGGGAAAAGCCAUGUUGUAGCUUCAUGUUGCAGCUUUCUGGAAAACGACGGCGUACCACCCGACAAGCAUGAUGGCUAUGACACGUGUUCUAUAUCCAAUCCAUAAAUUCGCUUUACCAAUCGCCAAUAAUACAUUUAGCGAAACAAAAGAGAAAAUUAAUUAGCUUCGUGAAUGCGAUCACGUGUAUGGUGUAAAGUAACCGGAUCCACCAAACGAGCUUCCUGUGUGCCAACUUCCAUAGCUGCAAGCUUGCAACACAGAUUCCAUAUCUCGGAUUCAUCCUUCUUCUCCAUUAUCGAUUUUAUUAUUCAAUAUCCAUGGCAUCCACUUUUAAUCGAUGGGAGAAAGAUCCUUUCUUUACCGCUGCCGAACAAGUUCAGGAGUCCGCAGACAGGAUGGAAUCUGCGUUUAGGGCAUGGAUUCAUGCAAAGAAAGAUGCGUGCAGCCCUUGGAACUCUGAUGAAAUAUGCCGGGAUGUGCAUACUGCUCUUGGCACUGCUAAAUGGCAGUUAGAUGAAUUUGAAAAAGCGGUUACAUCGAGUUAUAACAAUAGCUCAACUAAGGAUGCAAGAAAUAGGCACCAAGAUUUCAUUUCUGCCAUUGUUGACAAGAUUACAAAAGUUGAACAUUCCUUAAAUGAGUCCCUUCAUCCAGGUAACAAGGUGCCUCUGCCUUGGGUGCGGCUAGAUGAAGGAGAAAGAGACGAGCUCGCAUUGUUCCUUUCCGGUAUGCCAGAGGCUGAAGGAAAAUCUGUUGGUAGAGACCAUGAGGAUUCACAGUCAACAUCUGGCUGGGGCUCCACACUAGAAGUGGAGGACAAAUCACCUGGGCAUCGCAGGGCGGCUAGUGCUGAUGCCCAUGUUAGUUCUUGGAAAAUUGCUGUUUCUGAUGAGCUUCAACAACGCAAUACCCCCGACGGUUCUUCUGGUGCUAUGCAUAAGGUAGCCAGUCUCUCUGCGUUUGUUAGCUCCAUGGAAUCAGUCUCUAAGUUGAAGUGGGCCAAGAAUGGUUAUAAAAAGCUCAAAGCAGGAAAUCAUCAUCAAGAAAGUGAUAAUGCACUGCUACCAUCAGCGCAAUUGAAUGGGGGCUUGAAUUCAUGCUAUGAAAGAAGUAAGAGUUACCUUGAUAGCUGUGAUGAAUGUUAUGAUAAGCAACUAUAUGGAUGGUAUGGGGCUAUUCAAAGACAGCUUCAAAGAUCUCAAUACCAAAUGCAGUACAGUAGGCCUGUUCAGUUAACUGUGUGGAUAUCUAUUCUCCUUUGCAUGAUAGGUAAGCUCUGGAUCUUUCUUUGUUUGCAUGUAUGAAACUUUAUUCCUACAAAAAAGUGUGCAUUUGCAUGUUCUGCAAUUUCUUAGCCUUAGGCACUGCUUUGUACAACUGUACAUGAUUCUGUUGAGUUUUUCAUGCUUUCCCUGUUUGUGAUUUUGUUGCUGUGUAUAUUUGACACAUAGACACAAAGCUAUUUCGAAUUUACAGAACUUUUUUAUAUAAGAUGCAUUUUUUUAAGAUGAACCUCAAAUAUCGUGCUAGAAUCAUAUUUGAGGUGGGGAGGUUUUGUAAUGUUUCCAGUUUUUAAGUUUCAGUAGGAAACUUCUGUAGUUGGCUGCUUUUAUCAUGGGGUUUCUGUGAGCAUCCAACCAUAUAUCUUGGUGUAUAUAGUUUUGUGUUGUGCUCGCACCUUAUAGACUAAAGGAUGAUGUAAUUGUGUCAAUUGUUGCUUAUACCAAUGUUAUUGACUUAUUGUUCAAUUAUCAUUUUAUUUCUCCUCCAUUUUAUAAUGUGAAUACACCUACAUGUUUGCUUACAAUGCUGAUUUCUCUGCAGUUUUAAUUGCUUUUUGCACAAUGUAGUAAGGAAGAUUUAGAUACAUUAUCUAUCAAUUUGUGGUUGGCGCCAAGGGGAACAGAAACAUUCUUUCAGUACAAGCUCAUAUAUGUUGUUGCUUAAGCAGGUGAGAGUUUUUUCUGGUUCACUAACAUACCCCGUGUCGAUGUACAAGGUGGUUUGAUAUCACUAGGUAGUAUUUAGAGUGGUCCUUAAUCCUAGGCAGCAGUAGCACAUCCUGACCUUUUUGUACUAUUUGCUCUAGCCCCUCCAUUUCAAUUUUGUCUCACUAAAGUGUGUUCGAGACAAAGGGGGAAUAACCUACUAAAUGUCGUUUCAUGUAUGUCUGUCUAGUGAAUUGAGAACUGUAUUGUGUACCAAAGCUUUUAGGCUUUAGCCCUGCAUGUAAAAAUUCAGGAUCAUAUACUAUCAAAUUGCUGGAAAGUAACAAGGAACCAUGGAAGUAAAACUGGGUAGACUUAUCUAUAUUUCUUUCAGCUUAUGUGAUGCUCCCUUUUUUGAGGAUACAAUCAUACAAGGCAGUUGAUUAA